GAGCCGUCAUGGACCCCUCCGGGCACCUCUCCUCAUCGGACGGAGGAGAGUGACAGUUGGGAUUCCCCGGACCCCCCGAGAGGCUCUGCCGCCCCCGCGACCUCUGACCUCAGCACUAUUCAGACAUUCGUAAUGAAGGCCAAGGGCCAAGCAGGAGAAAGCAGCGGGAAGAGGAAGGGGGCGGAGCAUUCCCGGGUGAGGCGGAGCAACCGCCGAAAGAGGAGGCAGCGACACAGAGGCGGAGCUGCUGUGAAAAUGAGUGACACGGACACUGAUGAUGAGGACCGGGGGCGGAGACCGUUGGCUCCUCCCCCCGCACCACAACCUCCCCCCAGUGCAGAAAGCAGCCGGGACGGCGGCGGCAGCUCCAGUGACGCCGAUACGCAGGUGAUGGAUGAAGACAUCAUGGUGGAGUCCGGUAAGGGGCGUGUCCAUAUGUAAAUGAGCACAUAGCU